GUUCAAACGAAGAGAGAAAGCAAAAAGUCCCAUCCAUCCAUCCAUCCAUCGCGCGUGAGUGGCUGGCGACACCCGAUGUGCUGCGUGCAUCCGAUAGAGCGACAGCAACACAUCCAGUGAGGCUCACACACGUACGUACACACUCACACAGAGGAAAGGAAGGCAGGCCGACCAGAAGAAGCAACCCACGUGUACGUAGCUAAGGCAGGAAACUCGGGGCAAGCAAGUAUCAGAAAACACCGUGCAUAUGCAGUUAUCUAACUGUGGACAUAUGCAAGUACAUUCGUCUUUCCCGAGUUAAUCGCUCCCUGGUGCACAGACUCGACAACGGGAUCAACCAAACAAAUACACAGUCCUCUCCGUCGCGCACAACAUGCCAUGUGCAUAUGUGCACAUGGCCAGCCCUCGGAAAAAACUGGGUCUUGCGAAAGCACGGCGACGGGGAGAAAAGAAUCACUCACCCGGUCGCUCCUCGGGCCCUUUCUUACCUGUACUGACAAAACGUGUGCAUGAUCCAGGGGCGCAUACCAUAAACGAUAUGUAUCGGUGUCCAGUCCAGCUAUGCAUCGGUGUAACCAGGAAAGCCGAUAUGCAUAUAUGCAUUCACACACACAAACACACACGCGUUCACACACACACCAAAGCCCUCCCAGCACCGGCCGCCAAGAGUGGCGGCAUUCGGUACUACAGGCUAACUGCACGGUCGGCUGUCAUCCCUCCCUUCGGCCCUUGAAAACAGACUGUCUGUCUGCCUCUCUGUGUUGGUCGACAUGUCUGUACAGCAAAGGGGGUAGGGCCUCAGACGAAGCGGGAGAAAGACAGGAAAUGACACGCACCCAUCCCCACACCACACCACACGCACCCGACCCACCCUCCCCCACAGAGAGACACUGCCCUUUUUUUGGUUUUGGGGUUUUUUAUUUUUUGUUUUUCAUUUUCUGUGACACAAUCACGCCGACACCACACACACACACACACAGAGAGAGAGAGAGAGAGAGAGAUGGUGAAAGGCCUAGCCCUUUCCCUCUGCAAGGAGAUGCGAUCAAUGCAUGUGUGAUGGUAGCCGUCGGCCUGUCUGUAUGUGGCCACAGCGCAAGCAAUGCAAAAAUGACGGACGGACGGACGGACGAGCAAAUUCGCCUCCUCCAUGCAUCGAUGACACGAAUGGUUGUCGGUCGACAGCCAGUCACAGGCGGCAGUACAUCGAAAAAGAGGAGAGCACAAGUCUUAGACAGGAGAGAGAUCAAAGGAGAAGGAUGCAUCCAUCGGGGCGGCAUACAUUACAGCGAUAUGGCCCAGCUAGCUAUCAACACAGUCGAUUAAUUCAGUACGUGUCGGAUGGGUGGAUCUGCCAAUCCAGAUUUGGCGGGGCAGAUCCACCUACCCUCACCCUCCCUCCCAUCAGGUGGGUCACCUCACCCCCCUCUCUCUCCUGACGGAUGGAUGCUACAUGGCAUGGCACAGAGAGAGCCGCCGUGUGACACAUGCAUGGCACAGACUCGCUCUCUCGCAAUAGAUAGUGCAAAAACCUCUGUCUGUGCUGCCUGUGCAUUGUCGUAGCACACACGGCACUCAGGCAAUGGCAAGUAAGCAUUGAUUUGUCUGAAGGAAGGGCAAGUCAGUGCCAAAAAGGCGGCAAAGACCCGUUGUCCGUCGACAACCGGGCAGCCAAGCCGCCGGGUAGGCAGGCAGGCAGGCAGGGAGGGAGCACUAAGGACGGCAAAGCAGAUGAGAGAAGAGAUAGGAAAGAAGAGAGGGCAGGACUUUGGUCGGUCAGUCGGUCUUGACUGACUGACUGUACAAGGCGAAGUACGCCGUCAUGCACGCACUCACACACAUUCCCGCAGCAUCAAGCAGGUGUCCACGCAAAACCCACCCCGCCCAGCCACCAGCAGCGUGGCAACGUCCACCCGCAGCUACGCAUUUACCGAUCCAUUGAUACGUCCGUCCAUCAAUCAGCCAGCCAGCCAGCCGAAUCCCCCCCGACAGACGGCAAGGCUGCUCUGUCGCUACGCAAAACCCUCCUCCCUGCUGGCCAUGGGCGGGUGCACACGCCGGCAGCAUGUAUAUUCAUUCGCACACUCGACCGACAAGGGAAGGGAAGAGAAAGCCGCGGCGAGAGAGAGAGUGACCAUGGUGAGAUCUGACCCACGGGCGCACGGCAAAACCCAUCCCCAUCCCUCCCCUGCGACAGGCAGCUAGGUGGCGCGAGUGAAUUAAUUAAUUGGAUGUGUGAAGUGACGAGCGGCCGGCAAUCCAAGUCAGUCUUCAGGGCCGUGCCGUCCAUCCACCCCUCCCCCUCCCCCUCCCCCUCCCCUGCACACCACACAACACGGCUCACACAGCAAAGCGUACCAAAAGCCGGCUAGGCUGAGAGAGAGAGAGAGGAGAGGAGAGAGAGGGGCUUGCUCGAGGCCGUCCGUCUGUCAGUUUGUCUGAAAACCAGCUGGGCUACCUAUCAUGUCAUUCAUGUAUACCCAUCCGCAGGUAUGUAGCCAGUCCACCACACCACAUCACACCACACCACACCACAUCACAUCACAGCCCCCUCCCUCGUCCAGCAAGACAGUAUGGACGGACGAUGGCGCCACCAGCACAUGCACUGCUGCACCUGGCUGUUGGUGCGACUACCCGUAUCUGUGUGAGUAUGUGUAGGUGUGUGGGUGGGAGUGUCUGCCCGCUUCUCGGUCGCUGAGCGGCAGCCGGGCAGGGGGCAGAGAAAGAGAAGACAGAGCAGAGAAGGGCUCGAGGUCAUCACUCACACGGACAGGCACAAGCCAGGCACCCACCGCAGGUUUGUCAGCGCAUAUAUGCAAUGCCGACCAUUCCAUCCAUCCACCCAUCCAUCCAUUGCCUGUCUGUGUGUGUCAAUCUGCCAGCCCUCACGCUACCUCAUGACGGUAUGUACCCCGAUAAUGAGUCGAUAGGUAUGCACCACCAGAUGAAGCAAGUCAGCAGCCAGCUGCACAUUCCAUGCAUUCAUGUAGCUAGCUUCCAGAAAACACCACACGCCCCCCGUAGCGCCCGUACCCUGAUACAAUCACACACACACACACAGACAGGGGGGGAGGGGGGGGAUCGGUCCACACGGCCAUCUUCAUCUGGCUGCUGGGUGCGCACCUGUUGUGUGUGUCGGUGUGUGUGAGUGUAUUCGUCACACGCGCCGUUUGGGGGCGCUGUUGGUCUGCGGCGAAGCGGGGUCCACGCGGGUGAGGUGUCUUGCGGGGAUCCACUGGAGCUGUCUGGUGGUAGGUAUCCACACCUGACCCCUACACCACACACAAAGGAAGCGGCACACAGGAAGGGACACGUGUGACUCGGUGUGAGUGUAUUCAUGUCGGUCUGUCGCUCACAUGGUAACGCGCCCUUGCGCAUCCGUCUUGAUAUUCUUGACCUGCACCGUCAUUCUGUUGAGUCUGACGCCACAGGGCCCCGUGACUCCAGCGAUUUUGACCUUCUGGUUGAUCUCGAACGGCGGCUGGUACGUGCCCUGCUGCUGCUGCUGCUGCGGUGGGCCCUCCUCCGACGACCCCUCGGCUGCGGUGGCGCCGUCAGUCACCUUUGGUGGUGGCUGCUCCGGGCUGCUGGGGCUGCUACUGCUGGUGCAGGAACGAGAGGGUGGGCUGUGGCUGUCAGGAAACGGCUGCUCCUGAGCCGGUGGCACCGUGCCGCUGCUCGUCGGAAGAGGGUGUCGUGCGCUGUUGGUGGUGGUGGCCUUGGGUGGCGCGGCCUUGGGUGGCGCGGCCUUGACCACAGUGCGAGUCGUCGAGUCGCCCAAUCGUUGCCCACCACACAACCCACCACCCAAGCCGCCACCGAUGCCGCCAGCGGCCGUCAGCGGGGCUGCACUGGGUCCUGCCGUGGGGAUGAGGCCCAACAGCGACUGGAACGAGGUGGCGUCGACGGCGUCGCUCGGUCGCUGGGCGACCAUGGGGGGGACCGGUACGGCCUCCUGCGAUGGCUCCUCUGCCGUGGGGGACCGUGACUGAAGUCCCUCGCUGCUCCCGCCGCUCUCACCCGUCAUGUCGGCCUCCCGUGAGGUCGCCAGUGGACGCACCCGAGCGCCCGGGCCUGUUGCUGGCGCCUUGGGCUUGCCACUGCCGUACUCGCCGGUGGUGGUGGGGCCAGUGGCCGGGGGCGUGCCGAGUAGGGCAUCGCCGCGCCCGUCCCUGUUGCCGUUCUUCUCACCAAACGCCACACGCGAGCUGACAGCGCCAGGCGACCGCACUGCAGCCGGUGGGCGGUGGUCCAUGCUGCUGGGGCCGUCGGGGCGAGGAUCGGGCGUCAGAGUACGGUAGUACUGGCCCCUCUCCUCGCGCCGGGCGACGGUGAGGCCGCCGCCGAGUGGGGAAAGGGGUAGGCGGCCGCCAGAGUCGCUGUGGGGGUGCUGCUUGUUGCGCGAGUGCAUGGGGGAGGUCAAGGCCGACUCCUUUUUCCCCAUGAGCGGCUUGUCUUUUCGCCUGAGGGCGAGGUAGUUGAGCGGGUCUCUCUGCGAGGCCGUCGGCGACGGGUCUCUGUGCGAGCUCUGCACCUCGUCCAUAUCCUUGAGCAGGGAGGAGCUGCGGCGUUCGGCCUCGUCGCCCUUGCCGACAUGCGACACCGCCGUAUCUGUCAGCAGGCCGCCAAAGGAGGGGCCAACGGGCGACAUGACGGGGCGGUAGCUGAAUCUUGACACGGCCUCGGUGAGCAUGGUGACGCCGGCGCGCGCCAGCAGUCCUGGCCCGCUCGACUCGUAGGCGGUGUUGUCGGGUUUUGACGGUCAGCAUCCCCGGCUGGUGCGUGAGGAGCCGGUUGUGCGGCGAGGUGAUGGUGAGUCCGUUGAGGUGGUCGUCGGCGUAUACGUGGAGGUUGAGGCCCUCGCCGGUCAGGGAGAACUUCUUGACACCCUCUACUUCACCGACGAAGCUGCAGCCAACGAGAUCACAGAGAGGCGCCACACCAGUGAUGGAUGCUAUGGAUGCUCCUCUCACUGGUCUGUCUGUCUGUCUGUCUGUCUGUGGGAACGUAUGUAUGUAUGUGUGUAUGUGUUGUGUGCUCAGGUACCUGACGGCGUGUGGUGGCAGGCCCGGUAUGUCAUACACCGUAGCGUGUACCUCGACGAUGAUGACGUGCCGCUUCUUGACCGCCGGGUCGAGUGCGUCAAGGUUGAGCACCACCUCGGCCAUGUCCCCCGCGUUCUUGCCGUGCGUCUGCAGUUCGACGUACUGAGUCAGGUCGUCCUCGAAAACACGAGGCUCCCCAUUGAGCACGUACACAACUCUGUGUGAGCCACACACCACACACCACACAUCACGCAUCACACACAUCCAUGCGCGCGAACCCGUGUGUUUCCACCCCGUCUGUACUGGCUUACAUACCUCAGUUUCCCCGUCGGCAGCUGGACGAACCCCUCGGCGGGCACCUUCUCCUGCUGGGUGAGGGCCUGGACGGGGCCACAGUGUGUCGCCAGGUUGAGGAGCAGCACCUUGGUGUCCAGAGUGGAUGACACAGGGUUUCAAACCCGUAACCCCUGAACCAUAGAGCGCGCCACUUGACCCCUUCCCCUCCGCCGGGUGUCACAUCUGCCUACCUCGCGGCACUGACAAUAUGCCGAAUCACUCUCCUGACGGCGGCUGGCCUGCGUUGCUCAGGGAUGUCGGCAAAGUGGGACAGCUCGGGCAGAGGCCAUUCAAGCGAACGCAAGGCCUCGCACGAGCCGUCCUCGUUGAAGAUCUUGACACAUCCGUAGAGAUCAUGCCGGAUCUCACUGGUGCUGACGUCGAUCUCACUGGUGCUGACGUCCAGCGUCAGGUGGCUGCCGCUGGCAGGAAACUGCCCUCCCGAGAUGACUCCAUACCGGCAGUUCUGAGGGAGGGGAGGCAGGGCGCCCAACGACGAGAUCCCUCUGCUCUUAAAGAUAGGCCGCAUCUUGUUCACAGAGAGGGGUUCACUUUUUUUUCUCCACAUUUUGGCAGCAGGAGG